UUCUCUUCUCUCCUCCUCGGAUACCCUUCAGUUCGCCCGGAGACUUGCACGCAGAAGUAGAUAAAACCAGGAAGUAGUAAUCGUCCGCCGAAAACAUCUUCACCCCCUUAUCAUCAUCAGAAGAAAAAGUCGAUCCAGACAAACUAUCACACCUCGCUUUGCUCUAUAAAUUCUCCGCCACACUCUCACAGCCCUGCUCAAAUUAAUCCCCCUUCCUUUCCCCAUCACUCGUUCUCGGUUUUGGAUAUGAGUUCCCUCGGCCGCCACCUACUCCUACUCUUUAUUCUCGCGGUGGUCGGGUGCUCCGCCGCCGCGGCCGCGGCUGCAGGCGCCGCCAACCCGCCGUCGAGGGCCCGUCUCGACACGGGUGGGCUCGGCCGGGCGGCCUUCCCGGCCGGGUUCGUCUUUGGCACGGCGGCGUCGGCGUACCAGGUGGAGGGCAUGGCGCUCAAGGACGGGCGCGGCCCCAGCAUCUGGGACGCCUUCGUCAAGAUCCCAGGGGAGAUCGCAAAUAAUGCCACUGCGGACAUUUCGGUAGACGAGUACCAUCGCUACAAGGAGGAUGUGGACAUCAUGAAGAAGAUGAAUUUCGAUGGGUAUCGGUUCUCGAUCUCGUGGUCUCGGAUAUUUCCAAAUGGAGUGGGGAAGGUAAAUUGGAAGGGAGUGGCGUAUUACAAUCGACUUAUAGACUACAUGCUAAAACAAGGUGUUACACCGUAUGCAAAUCUCUAUCACUAUGACCUCCCAGAAGCACUUGAGGUGCAGUACAAUGGUCUGUUAAGCCCAAAAAUUGUGGAGGCAUACGCAGAUUUUGCUGACUUUUGUUUCAAGACAUUUGGUGAUAGAGUGAAAAAUUGGUUCACUUUCAAUGAGCCAAGGGUGGUGGCAGCUCUUGGAUAUGAUGAGGGUAAAUUUGCCCCAGGAAGGUGUACAAACUGUUCAGCCGGUGGGAACUCUGCUACUGAGCCUUAUAUUGUUGCCCAUAAUCUCAUCUUAUCUCAUGCUGCUGCUGUUAAGAGGUACCGGGAGAAGUAUCAGGCUACACAGAAAGGCAGGAUUGGAAUUCUCCUGGAUUUUGUUUGGUAUGAACCUCUGACCAUUUCGAAAGCUGACCAAGCAGCAGCUCAAAGAGCAAGGGAUUUCCAUUUGGGAUGGUUUCUUCACCCUAUUGUCUAUGGUGAGUACCCAAAGACAAUGCAGGAGAUAGUUAAAGAGAGGCUUCCAAAAUUCACAGUGGAAGAGAUUAAGAUGGUGAAAGGGUCUAUAGAUUAUGUGGGAAUCAACCAAUAUACUACUUACUACAUGUAUCAUCCGCUUCUUCCUGCACCACAAAAGCCCACUCGUUAUGCGAAUGAUUGGAAUUGUGGAUUUGCUUAUGAGCGCAACGGUGUACCUAUUGGACCGCGGGCACAUUCUGAUUGGCUGUACAUUGUCCCAUGGGGGAUGUACAAAGCAGUGAGCUAUGUUAAGGAACAGUAUGGCAACCCAACUGUGAUCCUAUCUGAAAAUGGAAUGGAUGAUCCUGGUAACAUCACUUUACCAAAAGGUUUGCAUGAUACAACAAGAAUCAAUUACUACAAGUCUUAUAUAACUGAGCUCAAGAGGGCAAUUGAUGAUGGUGCAAACGUGAUCGGUUACUUUGCUUGGUCUUUGCUUGAUAACUUCGAAUGGAAAUUAGGUUACACAUCAAGAUUUGGGGUGGUCUAUGUUGACUAUAGAACCCUAAAGCGGUACCCUAAGAUGUCAGCAUAUUGGUUCGGAGAGAUGCUUCGGAGGAAAAAGUAGUGGCUUCGGUCAUGUUUAUUGUCUACUUGCUGCCUUUUUGUUGUAUCAUUGUGUUGGCUGAAGUAACAAGUCUGAUUGUUCAAGUUGAGCUUCUUGUGGUAAUAAAGGAGAUGGUUAGAAUUUUGGUAUAUGCACAAGAGACUCUUGCAUUUGAA